AUGGAAGAUCCGCCACCAUCUUCAUCAUCGGGGGAGAAAGAUAAGUCAUCUCUGCCCUCGUUAUCGUCCACGGAUGAGGAGGAGACGGAGGAAGACACACCAAGAUCCUCAUCAUCAUCGGAGGAGGAGGAGGCAGAGGAGCAAAAUGGGGAUGUGAACGUGGCCGUAGCAGCAGAUUCAUCGCCUCCCUCUCGUUCAUCAGCACCAGAAGAAGAGCAAACUUCAUCAUUGUCCUCAUCGCCGUCAUCAGAAGAUAACGAGGAAGAUCCACCAAUGUCCUCCUCCUCAUCAUCAUCAUCGGAGGAGGAGGAGAAGGACGACAAGGAGGGAACGGAUGAGUAUGUGGAGGUGGUAGAGACAGAUUCACCAGGUCCCACAAAAUCCUCAUCGGAAGAGAAGGAGCAUUUGUCAUCAAGGGCUUCAUCAGAAGAUGAGGAGAAAGAUCGACCAAUAUCCACAGCAUCAUCAUCGAUGAAGGAGGAGGAGAAGGACGAGGAUGUGGAGGUGGCAAAGGUAGAUCCGCCAAUGCAGGGCUCAUCAUCAGAAGAGAAGGAGGGUCACUCAUCACCCCCCUCAUCGCAAUCACCAGAAGAUGAGCGGAAAGACUCCUCAACACCGGAGAAGGAGGAGGAUGAGGAUCAUGAUCCGGACCAAGGAAAGAGCACAAGUAAUGCGGCAACCUCCGAGUCCUCGGCCCAAGAAGUGACCUCCAAGGCCCGAUCACCCGCAGACCAACAUGCCGAGGGAUCGGAAGGAUCGCAGCAGCUGAAUCCCCGUUAUCUCCGAAUCAAGUUUGUCGACCAUGAUGCCACGGACACCAGCUCAGGUUCAGGUUCAGGUGAUGGAAGUAGUCAGCAGUCCGCUACAUACGGUCGAGGUAAGCUGUGGCAGAGAUAUAUGCCGUUGCCUCCGCUCAAGAAGCCCAAGAUAGACGAUGACAAGAAAGAUGAUGAAAAGGAGGACGAUGAAAAUAAAGAUGAUGACAAGAAGGAUGAAUAG